UUGAAUUUAUAGACCAGUAGAUAGAUAAAAAAUUGCGGGUUCAAACCCGGACAAGCACUUAAUUUUCAGGUACUUAAGGAAAAUAUCAUCAGAAAACCUACAAGUUCCAGAGGAAAAUCUGCAACAAUUAUAUCCAUCAAUCCACAAUACAGCACCAUGGUGGAAUAAGGUCUAGAGAUCCUCAUGAAAAGAAGAGCGGUGCGACUUGAAUAGGCAAUUUUUUCUUCGACACUCCGAAGACAACUCAAUUAUCUAUGACAUAUCUUUCAAAGCGAGUAAAGUAAUCGUUAUACAGUGUAGCUAUACAAACAUUAUCUUCAUUAAUAAGCAGUUUCUUAAUAAACCUAUCAUCUUAAGGACAGUAUUACGAAAUGAUUAUGUGGUAUUAAUAUUGCUUUAGGACAACAUGAGUAGACAUAAAUAUGGCAAUAAUUUAAUCUUAUGAUGUAAUAUUUUCAUCUCUAAGUUUAUCGAUAUAUUAUUAAGCGAAUAAACAACAGGGACAUUUAAAAAAAUACCUGGACUACAUUUCUUAGUCCUCUGAGUAUGAAAUUUGGCACAGCUUAUAUUUAUAUGGAGAUGGAGUGCAGAAAUAUAAUACAUUACAUAAAAAUUAAUUUAAAACAUGUAUAUUAUGUAUGCAAACACUACCAUGCGUUUGACAUACACACAAACACACACACACACACACACACACACAUAAUUAUGCUUCAUAGUACGUCCAUACUGACUAAGACAACGCAAGUCAUGUCAAAGUUAAUUUAUUAUAAUAAUAACAGAGUAUCGUCCAAUUGAGUUUCAUUUUUCUUAUUUUUCGUAUUUUAUAUUUUUCUUAGCAAUUAAUGACUUUCGAGCUUCCUAAUUGCUCUUAUUACCUAAUAUAUGCACGUUCGUCAUAAAGUUUGCUUAAAUAGGGAUUUUUUAAAGGGUACUGGAUUCAAUUUACUGACAUGAAAUAUAGUCGAUAGAUAUUGUUUUGCAGUUAGAUAAGAACUUAGGUACAUUAUUGAGUUCAUGUUGUUGAGUUAUUGUUGUUGAUGUUCAAAAAGUAAUUUAGAUUUAAUAAUUUGUUUUUAAACAAUCAGUAAUGUGGCGCACAUUGGCGCGACUCGUUUUUUAUAAACUGAUGACAUUUAUUAAUUUAUUAUAAUAUCAUGAAUUUAUUCCUAAGUUGAUUAUUUCACGCCAAUGUUAUAUAAAACGCACAUCAUGCUCGUUUAUACAUAUUUCCUCGCCAGUGCACACUAAUACUACGUCUCCGGUAUUGCAUCGUUUGAAAGUAAAAGUAGGUGGAACUCGUACAACCACGAUAGGCGCAGUUGCUGCCGCGACCUGUUUGGCGCGCUCUUGUGGGUCAAGCAAUAUUAUUUUUUAGAAGAUUAUUUCUAGUGCUGUAGUACUAAAAAUGAUUAUUCUGUACUUAAUCGUCGUUAUAGUAAUGGUAGGUAUGAUUGUUGGCUUGUAUCAGAAAAACACCAAUAUAAUAUGCAAAUCUAAAAAGAGACUUGAUGGAAAAACUGCCAUAGUUACUGGAGGAACAUCAGGAAUGGGUCUUCGAAUUGCCACGGAUUUCGCUGAUAGAGGAGCUCGAGUGAUCGUAGCUUGUCCAUUUGUCGAUGAAGGAACUCGUGGUAGGAAAUUUAUCGUCGACAAAACUGGCAACGAAGAAGUUAUUUUUAAGCUCCUAGACCUGGCAUCUACUGCAUCGAUACGUAAAUUUUCCGAGGAUGUGAUUAAAACUGAAAAAAGACUGGACAUUUUGAUUAACAAUGCAGGUGUUGGUAACGUCGAAGAUUUUGCUACUAAAGAUGGACUGAAUUUCACAAUGCAAGUGAAUUAUUUUGGACAAUAUUUAUUAACGUUGUUAUUGCUGCCCUUAUUAAGAAAGACGGGAAAUAGCUUGGAACCUUCUAGAAUUGUGAAUACAGCGUCAAUUUUGCACAACAUAGGUAGCGUUAAUUUCGAGAAAAUAAAUUGUCCAAAUUAUUGGUAUCCAAUACAAUUAUACGCGAAUAGCAAACUUUGUUUGAUAUUAUUUACUCGUGAAUUAGCAAAGAGGUUGAAAGAUUUAAAAGAAUAUAAUGUUAAAGUUAAUUCUGUGGAUCCAGGUGCCGUUGGUACCACAAUUUUUAAUACGGCAGGAAAGUACUACGGUGGUUUUAUAACAUUUUUAUUCUCAGUGCUGUUUAAGACACCUUGGGAGGGCGCGCAAACCGCAAUCCAUGUGGCAUUAGAUAAGAAGGCUGGUCUCGUGAGUGGAGAACUUUUUAAGAAUUGCAAAUUAUCUCGGGCUAAACAGACUGCGUAUGAUGAUGAUUUGGCUUGUUCACUUUGGGAAGAAUCUCGAAAACUUAUUGGUUUAUGUGAGGACGAAUAUGAACAAUGUUUCCAAGUCUUAAAAUAAUUGGUUCAGGUUUUCCAUUUAACUUUCGAACAAAAAUAAAUCAUAACUUCGUUAUGAACGUA